GAUUCCCAUCACAACACAUUCUCUAAACCACUGGGUGUAAUAGAAAUUUAUAAGAAACUCAUCAAUGGAGAUCAUCAAGAGCUUCUUCUGUUUCAUCUCUUUAACAAUCCUUCUUGUCUUCACUUCCACGGCAGAAGCCAAUAGAGCACACCACCACGAGUUCAUCAUACAAGCAACUAAGGUGAAGAGACUAUGUGAAACACACAACAGCGUUACGGUGAACGGAAUGUUUCCCGGUCCACAACUUGUAAUCAAUAACGGUGAUACUCUAGUUGUCAAAGUCAUUAACCGGGCCCGGUACAACGUCACAAUCCACUGGCACGGUGUGAGACAAAUGCGAACCGGUUGGGCAGACGGACCAGAAUUUGUGACUCAAUGUCCAAUCAGACCGGGAUCAAGCUACACGUACCGGUUUACAAUUCAAGGACAAGAAGGUACACUUUGGUGGCAUGCUCAUAGUUCGUGGCUUAGAGCCACUGUCUACGGUUCACUUCUUAUCCUUCCUCCGGCUGGUUCGUCAUACCCAUUCCAAAACCCUCACCGCAACGUCCCACUCCUUCUUGGUGAAUGGUGGGACGGUAAUCCCGUAGAUGUGUUGAGAGAAGCUACACGAACCGGAGCUGCUCCAAAUAUCUCCGACGCUUACACCAUCAAUGGUCAACCUGGUGAUCUCUAUAAAUGCUCUUCCAAAGAUACGACAAUAGUACCCAUAAAUGUUGGUGAGACCAUACUACUACGUGUAAUAAACGCCGCACUGAACCAACCGCUAUUUUUCACGGUGGCUAACCACAAGUUCACCGUAGUCGGAGCUGACGCCUCUUAUCUAAAACCCUUCACCACCAAUGCCAUUGUUCUCGGCCCUGGCCAAACCACCGACGUCCUUAUAACAGGUGACCAACCACCAAACCGCUAUUACAUGGCCGCAAGAGCUUACCAAAGCGCUCAAAACGCACCGUUUGGUAACACAACCACAACCGCAAUCCUCCAAUACAAAGCCGCACCUUGCUGCAGCGGCGCCAAACCGAUCAUGCCUCUACUUCCUGCCUACAACGACACAAACACAGUCACUCGCUUCAGCCAAAGCUUCCGGUCGCUAAAACGAGCUGAAGUUCCGACAGAACUCGAUGAGAAUCUCUUUAUAACCAUUGGACUUGGUCUCAACAAUUGUCCUAAGAAUUUUAGGUCAAGAAGAUGUCAAGGUCCUAACGGCACACGCUUCACUUCAUCUAUGAACAAUGUCUCGUUUGCUCUCCCUAGUAACUACUCUCUCCUUCAAGCUCACCACCAUGCUAUUCCCGGAGUCUUCACAACCGAUUUUCCCGCGAAGCCUCCGGUGAAAUUUGAUUACACAGGUAGCAACAUAAGUCGAUCUUUAUACCAACCUGUGAGAGGGACUAAGCUAUACAAGCUCAAGUAUGGAUCAAGGGUUCAGAUUGUUCUUCAAGACACCGGUAUAGUAACUCCUGAGAACCAUCCCAUUCAUUUACACGGCUAUGAUUUCUACAUUGUUGCUGAGGGUUUUGGUAACUUCAACCCCAAGAAAGAUACCGCCAAAUUCAAUCUUGAAGACCCGCCUCUUAGAAACACUGUUGGUGUACCUGUUAAUGGUUGGGCCGUCAUCAGAUUCGUGGCAGAUAACCCUGGAGUUUGGAUAAUGCAUUGUCAUCUAGAUGCACAUAUAUCUUGGGGACUGGCCAUGGCUUUCUUGGUUGAGAAUGGGAAAGGACUAUUAGAGACAAUGGAGGAGCCUCCGGCUGAUUUGCCCGUGUGUUAGGAGCUCAAGCUUCCCUUUGUAACAUAAACACACAUAAUAGUUUUCAUGUCACAUUCAAUUGCUUUUCCUUUUUUUUUUGGUUAUAGAUACACUUGGCAUACUCCUGAGUAGCUUUGUUUUUCUUGAUUAUUGAUGUAUUCUUUGAGAUUAUAGUGUACCAAAUCAGUGCUAAGAGUAUCAUCACGAAAGUUGAUUUUCCGUUU